AUGAGAGAAACAAAUAAGCUGAAAUCUUGUGGGUUGAUUGCAAAUCGGCGAUCUUCUUUGAAUAUCCCUCAGUCGACUUGUUCUGGAGACGGGAAAGCUUUAUAUAGCUCACCUCUGAUUAUUCCAAACGUUAUCAGAACGGUGAGCUGCUAUGGAAAUAUCCCUUGCACAGGCAAUUGUCCACCCCCGUUUUCGCUGGACUCAGAUAACUGCACAUCAAGCCCGAUUGAAUCAAAAAAAUACACAGAAAAGAUAAAAAAGCCGAAAAAUCCCAACGAAGCUGAAUACAUACAAAAAGCGAUGGACUUUUUAACAGGGAUUGAAACUAACAACGAAAUUGACAUCCAGAUGCGAGUGUCUCUUGCACCUGGUGAUACAAAUUUUGAAGGAUUAAGAGAAGAGUCAGGGGUUCUCGUAUGAAAAUCUCACUCAGGUAAAAUCCAUAAGUCAUAUUCCUAUUGCUUAAGGGCUAACGAUAACAACUUUCAUAGGAGUCCCCAAAUUGACCUAAGUGAUGCCCCAAAUGUAGUAAGAAACUCUCCUUUGAAGGUAAACUUGAACGAAGAAUUCAGAGAAAGAUAUCCAUUUUUGGAUGAUAAGCUUACAUUGAGCAAAAUUGCAAACUUAAAAGAGAAGCUAAUUAUCAAGGUAUGCAAGGAGCUUGAUGUUGAAGCUUUUACAGUCGCUGUUGCUUGAUCUUAUUUCCAAAGAUUGCUUGGAAUGAAUGUAAUAACGAAAGCAAAUAGAAAAUUGUAUGCAGCGAUCUGUGUAUUGCUUUCUUACAAAUUUAAUGAAGAAAUCAAUUUUGUGAAAAUGAAAGCUUUGAUUCAUGCACUUAGGUUGGCAGAUAAAAAUGAUAUUUUACAAAGCAAAUCUAUUGCGAAGUACGAAUUUGAAGUGUACUCGUAUUUAAAGUUUUCGAUGAUGGUUCCAGUUGAAGAGUUUGAAGAUAAUUUUCAUUAUAUUUUGAAGAGAAUUCACACUUCACCGAAAAAAUACUUGAAAAAUUCUUUGGAAUUUUCUGGACUGAGGCAUCCAUUUUAA